CUCGUCGCUAACUGCCGUUGCUCACCUAGACUCGGUGUCGAUGAGAGAGCAUGAACCUGACGUGCUCACAGGUUUAUUAAAUCUGAUGGGUGGAAUUGUUGUGCGAGUUUCUCGGGUGACGUAGACACCGCCUGAAUGUGAAUCAUAUGUGGACAUCACCGCCAUAUUGGAUGUGGCAAUAGAAUGGGCGAGAUGCCUAAUUCAUGUUGUGCAUGGAAUUGUAGCAACCGGUUUACAGUCCACCAUCUCACAGGAUUAUUUUUCACAGCGAUGGAGUGGGAGGUCAUACAGCGAGCCAAGGAGGCCUUUGUGAGCGGCAGAAGUCGCCCUCUUGACUUCAGGCUGCAGCAGCUCCAGGCUCUGCAGAGGAUGAUCACUGAACGCGAGGCUGAGAUCACCACGGCUCUCAAACAGGACAUCAACAGGAGCCAGUACGACACCUCACUUUUGGAGCUGAUCGGGAUCGAAAACGAGAUUAACCUGGCGCUGGACAAACUGGCAGAGUGGGCGUCGCCUCGGUCGGUGGAGAAGACUCUUCUCACAGUCUCGGACGAGGCUUACAUCCGCCCAGAGCCAUUGGGCCUGGUGCUCAUCAUCGGGGCCUGGAAUUACCCAUGGGCCGUGACGCUGAUACCCCUGGUGGGAGCCAUUGCUGCAGGCAAUGCAGCCGUGGUGAAGCCGUCAGAGAUAAGCGGUUGCUCAUCUCUUCUCCUCGAGACCCUGCUGCCUCGCUAUCUGGACAAGGAUCUGUACCCGGUGGUAACGGGUGGCGUGGCAGAAACCCAGGAGUUGCUGAAGCACAGAUUUGACCAUAUCUUCUACACGGGAAGCAGCGUGGUGGGCAAAGUGGUGAUGGAGGCUGCAUCUCGACACCUCACCCCGGUGACGCUGGAGCUGGGGGGGAAGAGUCCUUGCUACAUUGACAAGAACUGUCACAUCAGAGUCGCCUGCCGUCGUAUUACCUGGGGAAAAUUUAUCAACUGCGGCCAGACGUGCAUCGCUCCAGACUACAUCCUUUGUGAGCCAUGUGUUCAAGGCCGCGUGGUAGAAAGCAUCCGGCAAACCCUGAUGGAGUUUUACGGCCCUGAUCCCAAGUCAUCACCCGACUACGGUCGCAUGGUGAACCAGAAACACUUCAACAGGGUGGUGGCCCUGAUGGAGGGCUAUGCCCCCGUGUUAGGUGGCCAGUGUGACGCGUCGGAGCGCUAUAUCGCCCCCACCGUGCUGAAGGAUGUGCCCCCUCAUUCCCGGCUGAUGCAGGAAGAAAUCUUUGGUCCUGUGCUGCCCAUCGUGACUGUGAGCGGCUUGGAGGAAGCCAUUAACUUUGUCAACGAGAGAGAAAAGCCCCUGGCGCUAUACAUCUUCUCCAAUGACAAGAAGGUGAUAAAAAAGAUGAUUGAGGAAACCACCAGCGGAGGUGUGACAGUCAACGAUGUGAUGAUGCACUACACACUCAGCUCACUACCUUUUGGUGGUGUUGGUCAGAGUGGCAUGGGCUCGUAUCACGGAAAGCAUACCUUUGAGCAGCUGAGCCACCACAGGGCGUGUCUCCUGCGAUCCCUCGCCAUGGAAAGUGUCAACCUCUCCCGUUACCCGCCUCAGGAUCGCCAGCGUGCGAGCAGAGCCCGCAUGGCUCUCAAGUCGCCCUUGAUCGACCUUUCCAAGAAGACGUACGUCUGGGCCGUCACGGCCACCGUCAUCGCUGUCGGCCUGCUCGUCACGCUGGUCGUCAUCCUGCUCAUCGCCGCAGGCUUGAAUUGUACCUGCUGGUACUGGAGGGGCUUUUAUAACUAGACAGUCACGCCCACGGGACAUUUCAUGUAAUUAUGUAUUCCCCACUUUUUCCUGUGUCAUUAAAUGCAACACUUUUUGUUACGUUACAGACUUAUUCCAAAAUGGAAUACAUCCCUUUUUCCCUAAAAACUUCUAAACACAACAUGGAAGAUGUUUGCAAAAUGAAUCAAAAAGAAAGAAUGGAAUGUUCCCAAGUAUUCACAGCCUCAUUGAACUUAGCAAGAGUAUGGAAUACAAGGAGCACAAACUCUAUAGCCUAAUAUCCUAUCCUAUAGUAUAAGGCUUAGCAAGAGUAUGCAAUACACGGAACACAAACUCUAUAGCCUAAUAUCCUAUCCUAUAGUAUAAGGCUUAGCAGGAGGAUGCAAUACAAGGAAUACAAACUCUAUAGCCUAAUAUCCUAUCCUAUAGUAUAAGCCUUAGCAAGAAGAUGCAAUACAAGGAACACAAACUCUAUAACCUAAUAUCCUAUCCUAUAUAGUAUAAGGCUUAGCAAGAAGAUGCAAUACAAGGAACACAAACUCUAUAGCCUAAUAUCCUAUCCUAUAGUAUAAGGCUUAGCAAGAGUAUGCAAUAUAAGGAACACAAACCCUAUAGCCUAAUAUCCUAUCCUAUAGUGUAGGGCUUAGCAGGAGUAUGUAAUACAAGGAAGACAAACUCUAUAGCCUAAUCUCCUAUCCUAUAGUAUAAGGCUUAUCCUAUAGUGUAGGGCUUAGCAGGGGUAUGCAAUACAAGGAAGACAAACUCUAUAGCCUAAUAUCCUAUUCUAGCGUAUGAGGCUUGUAUGUAAUACAAGGAACAUAAACUUUACAGCUUAAUAUCCUAUUCUAUAGGAUAUUCUAUAGGCUGAGACAGCCAUGAAAGCCACAUUUAAAAAAAAUGUAUUUCCUUGAGAGCCACGUAAUUUUUUUUUAACACUGAAAAAAACUAAAUGGGCAAGACCAACAAUUUUCGAAUUUAGUAAGUCUUUGCAUGUAUUCUUUUUAAUACUGUUGGUAAACUGAAGCUAAUCAAUAAAUAAAAGACUUUUUCCAUGAAUGUGAUGGUAGUUUUGCUGAUGGUUUUGCAGUCUGCUGGAUUGCAGUAUUGGUGGAUAUGUGGUGAGGUUAGACUUCACACAAGCGUUGAGGCUUCUAUCUGCCAAACGUGAUCGUAGGUCGGUCUUGAUGUUUUUCAGAUGUGGACAGCUCACAUGCAUAAGUAGAGCCAUACGAGGUGUGUGGUUCAUGAUAAGUUACUUCAUUUAGCACAUCAAACAUGAAUGUUUUGGACAAUUUGCCAUGUGUGAAUGUCAUUCCAAUCUUCACUACUGUAAAAGAAAAGCAAGGCUGGUUGAAGAACAGUCAGCUUGUUGACAGUAGCUCAUCAUUUCUGCCAACCAUCGUAAUUAAAGUAACAUUUUGUGUUAAGUACCCGCACACUAUGAAAUGUUUGACUUCAUUAUUGUUCUUACUUGACUUUCUUUUAAACAAUCUUGCAACAAAUCAGGAGGAUUUGUAUCAUAUAGUGACACAAAAACAGUCAUUGGCCGUCGAGGCAGGACAGGAAAUCAAUACUGCAAUAUAUUGUCUGGUAUAUGUUACAAUACACAAUAUCACGUAUGGAUAUUGUCACUCAGACAGCAAUGACAAACUUUGAUGACAUCAUGAGCUUUGUGUUACUUCCUCUGCAUGUGCGUUCUAAAGA